GAUAGAGAGAGAGAGAGCGUUUCAGAACGGGAAAGUGUAUAUGAAAGCCUUUGAAGCGAGUCAUCUCUACUCUGCAGACGAGGAAUUGAUGUCUACGCUCUCUUAUCUUCAAAAUCAAAAGCUUCAAAAAAUAUAAAAAUAUAUAUUAUAUAUAAUUAUUUUUUUAAAAAGAUCGUACGAGAAAAAAAGCUAUGUAGGAAGGAAAAGAAAUCAUCGACGAGAAAAGGAGAAGCAUGGAAUUCGAAGAUCAAGAUGAUCAGGAGGAUGAGGAGAUGGAGCUACCGGUUUCCGCGAGUUACGAUUCGGUACCGCGAGCAAAGAUAGCGAGCAGCGCGGGCGGUGCAGCAGCAACGACAGACGGUGGCGCGGCAGCUGCAGCAACGGCGAGCAGUCGGAGAUCCGGCAGCAGGUACCGAGAAUGCCUGAAGAAUCACGCUGUCAGCAUCGGAGGGCACGCCGUGGACGGGUGUGGCGAGUUCAUGCCAGCUGGCGAGGAAGGCUCGAUGGACGCGCUCAAAUGCGCGGCGUGUAGCUGCCACCGCAACUUCCACCGCAAGGAGACGGAUGGAGGAGGCGGGGAUGGGCUCUUCCACCAUCACUACCCUUUCUCCCCCUACUACCGUGCUCCCGCGGGCUACCUUCACGUGGUGCCCCCGCACCACCGCCCGCCGCUCGCUCUACCGUCCACCUCUGGUGGGGCCCACAGCAGGGACGAUCAGGAAGACAUCUCAAAUCCCAGCGCGGGGGCGACCGCCGCCGCAGGCGGUUCUAGGAAGCGGUUCCGUACAAAGUUCACGCAGGAGCAGAAGGACAAGAUGCUGGCCUUCGCCGAGAAAUUGGGGUGGAGGAUACAGAAGCACGACGAGGCCGCCGUACAGGAGUUCUGCAACGACACCGGCGUGGAGCGAAAAGUGCUCAAGGUCUGGAUGCACAACAACAAACACACGCUCGGCAAGAAACCCUAGACACGCACGAACCGACCCAAGGAGCGGCAAUUCCCGAUUUCUUUGCCCGAAAUCCCAUCCCAUCCGCCUUCGCUUUUCUCUAUUGCAUUGUUGCUGAUGGGUCCAUUGCUUAUCAGCUCGGCUAUAUAUAUUAUAUAUUUAUAGAUUAUUUAGGCUAACUUCCAAAGUUUUUUUUUUUAGGGUUUUUCAGGGUUUUAGGGGCUAGUCUAUCAAAAGGUUGGGGGAGAUAAUGUCCAAACGUUGUGAUUUAGUUCUGUUUGUCUCCUUUGAUGAGAGCAUUUUCUAAGGAAAGCCUUGAACGUGUAUGGGGCAUGCAACGGUUGCAGCACUUUCCAUAUACAUGUGUCCCUCUCUCUCUGUAUGUAUGGAUGGAUGGAUGCACUUUCUCUCUCUUCUUUCCAUGAUUUUACAAAAAUGCUGAAUGAAGUUCAUUCAUGAUAA